GCUCGUCUUUCGCCCUCUUUCCAGCCCUACCCCUCCCUGCCCCUUUUUCAGCACGGCGCCGGCCGCAGCCUGACAGGGACGGGACGGAGCCAAGAUGGCGGCCGCCGACGGCGACGACUCGCUGUACCCCAUCGCGGUGUUGAUAGACGAGCUUCGCAACGAGGAUGUUCAGCUUCGUCUCAACAGCAUCAAGAAACUGUCCACCAUCGCCCUGGCCCUUGGGGUGGAAAGGACCCGCAGCGAGCUCCUGCCCUUCCUGACAGACACCAUCUACGAUGAGGAUGAGGUCCUCUUGGCCCUGGCAGAACAGCUGGGAACCUUCACUACGCUGGUGGGAGGCCCCGAGUACGUGCACUGCCUGCUGCCACCCCUGGAGUCGCUGGCCACGGUGGAAGAGACGGUGGUGCGGGAUAAGGCGGUGGAGUCCUUGCGGGCCAUCUCGCACGAGCACUCACCCUCUGACCUCGAGGCCCACUUCGUGCCGCUGGUGAAGCGGUUGGCGGGCGGCGACUGGUUCACCUCCCGCACCUCCGCUUGCGGCCUCUUCUCUGUCUGCUACCCCCGCGUGUCCAGCGCCGUCAAGGCAGAACUUCGACAGUACUUCCGGAACCUAUGCUCAGAUGACACCCCCAUGGUGCGGCGGGCCGCAGCCUCCAAGCUGGGGGAGUUCGCCAAGGUGCUGGAGCUGGACAAUGUCAAGAGUGAGAUCAUCCCCAUGUUCUCCAACCUGGCCUCUGACGAGCAGGACUCGGUGCGGCUGCUGGCGGUGGAGGCAUGUGUGAACAUCGCCCAGCUACUACCCCAGGAGGAUCUGGAGGCCCUGGUGAUGCCCACUCUGCGCCAGGCUGCUGAGGACAAGUCCUGGCGCGUCCGAUACAUGGUGGCUGACAAGUUCACAGAGCUCCAGAAAGCAGUGGGGCCUGAGAUCACCAAGACAGACCUGGUGCCUGCCUUCCAGAACCUGAUGAAAGACUGUGAGGCCGAGGUGAGGGCCGCAGCCUCCCACAAGGUCAAAGAAUUCUGUGAAAAUCUCUCAGCUGACUGUCGGGAGAAUGUGAUCAUGACCCAGAUCUUACCCUGCAUCAAGGAGCUGGUGUCAGAUGCCAACCAACACGUGAAGUCGGCCCUGGCCUCCGUCAUCAUGGGCCUCUCGCCCAUCCUGGGCAAAGACAACACCAUUGAGCACCUCUUGCCCCUCUUCCUGGCUCAGCUGAAGGAUGAGUGCCCGGAGGUGCGGCUGAACAUCAUCUCCAACCUGGACUGCGUGAAUGAGGUGAUCGGGAUCCGGCAGCUGUCCCAGUCCCUGCUCCCCGCCAUUGUGGAGCUGGCUGAAGACGCCAAGUGGCGAGUGCGGCUGGCCAUCAUUGAGUACAUGCCCCUGCUGGCUGGACAGCUGGGGGUGGAGUUCUUUGAUGAGAAGCUCAACUCCUUGUGCAUGGCCUGGCUUGUGGAUCAUGUCUAUGCCAUCCGUGAGGCGGCCACCAGCAACCUGAAGAAGUUGGUGGAGAAAUUUGGGAAGGAGUGGGCCCAUGCCACUAUCAUCCCCAAGGUCUUGGCCAUGUCUGGGGACCCCAACUACCUGCACCGUAUGACUACGCUCUUCUGCAUCAAUGUGCUGUCUGAGGUCUGUGGGCAGGACAUCACCACCAAGCACAUGCUGCCGACAGUCCUGCGUAUGGCUGGGGACCCUGUCGCCAACGUCCGCUUCAAUGUGGCCAAGUCCCUACAGAAGAUAGGGCCUAUCCUGGACAACAGCACGCUGCAGAGCGAAGUCAAGCCCAUCCUAGAGAAGCUGACCCAGGAUCAGGAUGUGGAUGUCAAAUACUUUGCCCAGGAAGCUCUGACUGGUCACCCGAAUUCUAACUGAUGCAGGGGCCAAAGAGCCCCGGAGAGAGGAGCAGGAGACUUAGUGGAUGGUGGUACGUGUAAGGUUUCACAAAGGAUGUGAUACUGAGUGAAAUUUUGCUCAACAGGGUGGAGGGGAAAUUGGCACUGGGUGGCAAAGUGAUAUUCCUGGCUCAGCCCUCAUGUUACUGAAUCCUUACUGAUUGUUAGGCCCAACUGUUCUGGGGGAUGAGGGGUAGGAGAUCCUGUUCCUCCCAUUAUUCGCUUAUGUUAGUUUCAUAAGAGAAGGACCUGUGGUUUAAGUUUGGUCCCCCACCCUACACCCAACACAAAUGUACCGUACUUUCCUAGGAUAUAAAUACUUGAAGGACUCACUGAGUGAAGAAUUGAUGAGUUUGGGAGGUGGGGCAGUGUGGUCAGCCUGAUGAAUGAAAGUUCAGUUGGCAAUCCACCACUAAUUCCUAAAAGGACAUUCAAAUGAAUGCUCCAUCGUGUUUCAUUUAUAUUUUACUGGAUAACAACCCACCCCCAAAAAUUAGUGAUUUAAAACAAUGAAAAUGUAUUAUUCCUCAUAAUUCUGCAGUCUGAGCUCAGCUCAGUUGGAAGAUUCCUCUGCUCCAUACGGUAUCUACUGGGGCUGGAAUGUUCAAGACAACUUCUUCACCCCCAUGUCUGGGAGUACCACCUCAGCUGAGGCCUGGUACACCAUCUCUCACUGUGGCCUCCCCAGGGUGGCUGGAUCUCUUUAUCUGAUGGCUUAUGGUUCCAGAGCUGUUUCCAAGAGAACAAGUCCCAGUUUACAAGUGCUUUCAAACCUCUGCUUGCAUCACAAGCUGAAACAAGUCACGUGGCCAAGUCCAGAGUCAGUGCAGGAGGUGACCUCGCAAGAUGUGGAAACCUAGAGGUGUGGUUCACUGGGGGAUGCCAAUGUGACAGUCGGCCACACAUGGUCCAGAGAGAAACUUUGGGCUCCAUCUUUGCUCUGCUACAGGCAGGUGGAGGCAUCAACAGCAUAAGGAGACAAGGCCGAUUACAGAGUAUAUCGAGCGUUUGGAGCAAGCUGAAGAUUUAAACUUUAUCCUGGAAGCCAGAGCAGCCACACGGGUUUUUGGUAAAGGACUGACAGUAUCAGAAUUGAAGGGGGAGGCCUGAAGCCAGGAAACCUGGGAGAAUAUGGUCUAAGCAAGAGAGGAGUUUUGAGCUGGAGGCAGGUACCAUGCAGUUGGGGAGGUUGUAGGUAAAAAGGGAAACAAAGCUUCCCAAGGAGACAGAUUGGGACUUGGUGACACUUGGAUAGGGGAGUAAAGGGAAGGAUGCAGUCAUCUUGGCAACCAGGAUUCAAGGCUUCUGAGAUUCACCUGGGAAAGGAGGGUUCCUGCAAACCCACAUGUACUUCAGCAUCUCCAGCCUUUGAACCUCUUCCUGGAAAGCUUUCCCUCCUCGCUUCUUGGGAAACAGAAGUAAUUCAGUACGGAGAGUGGGGAAAGAGGUGGAGUGGCAUAGGGGAGCAUGGAUAAGUGUGUAGGGGCCAGAUCUUGAUGAGCCUCCAAAUACCGGGAAGGGAUUGAAUGUGACCCAGAGGGACCAGAUGGAGUAAGACUUGGCUGGGGGUGGGGGGGGGCAGGGGAUCUUUCCAGGGUCAGAUGAGGUCAGGGUGCCGCGGAGGAGGCUGGGAUGAUGGUCCUGGGGGCAAGGGAAGGAAGGUGGGUCUGGGGCUGAGGAGAGUAUGCAGAGACAUUGAGGAGGUGGCUUUGAGGCCACUUCUGCUUUUCAAACCCACAGGAAGUUACAAGAGAAGCAGCUGGAAGGAAGGUCCUGUUGCUCUUCUCUUUUCAGAUUAAUCAAAACAUGAAGUCUCAACACAUGCCCUGUCAUCAGCCCUCCUGUCUCGAGGAAAUCCCCACUCAAGCCACUCCCUUUAGUUCUUCCCUGUCCAGCUAUGUUUUCCAGAUGAGGACACAGACCCAGAGUGUUUUGGGUGUCUGAUGUGGGCUCUUACGGACUUACCAGAUCAGAACUCAACAAAUCUCUCCCAGAAGAAAAAAAUGCCUUAAUUUCCUCUGGUAGCUUAAGAUCCUUUUAGGGCCCAGCCAAGGACGGAAGCUGGCCCUACAAGCUAGAUGAGAAGAAGCAGGGCAUGGCUGGCCCUAUAGGAAAUUGGAGUCCUAAUCUCUUAACCAUGAUGCAAAAUGUAGAAAUCCAUGGUAGGCUUUUUAAUGAGUUAUUUGGGGCAAAACCUGAUCUGAGCUACUAUAGUAGCAAAACCCCCACUUAGACUUUAAGAGUUUUUAUCCCUCUUGCAUGGAAUACACACCACAGCCAGAAAUAGUGUCUUGGGAAUAUAUGGAAUGUAUUCAAUUAGUAAUCAAAGGACUGUCCACAGAAGUCUGGGCCCAGAUGGCUUCAGUGAAUUCUACCAAAACAUUUAAAGGAUUAAUACCAAUUUUUCACAAACUUUUUCAGAAGUAGAAGAGGAGAGAACACUUCCCAACUCAUUCUGAGGCCAGCAUUAGUGUAAUAUGCCCUAUCAAUAAAAGACAACAUGAUCAUCUCCAUUGAUGCUAAAAAAAAAAAAAAGCAUUUAACAAAAUCCACACUUUUCACGAUAAAAACACUCAAUAAACUAGAAAUAGGAAUUUCCAUAACCUGGUAAAAGGUAUCUACAAAAACCCACACAUAACAUAAUAAUGGUAAAAGAUUGGGUUCUUACCAUAUAAGAUAAGCGAGACAAAAAUACCCACUCCUGCCACUUCUUUUCAGCAUUGUAGUAGUAGUUCAGGGUAAUUAGGCAAAAAAAUAAAAGAAAAGGCAUGCAGAUUGGAAAGGAAGAAGUAGAACUGUAUUUGCGGAUGACAUGAUCAUGUAUAUAGGAAAUCCUAAGGAAUCCACUAAAAAAAAAAAAACAGUAAACAAGUUCAGUAAGAUUGCAGGACACAAAUAUACAAAAAUAAUUUGUAUGUCUGUACAUUGGCAGAUAAUGUUGGUAAGUAAGUGGAGAUACUGGAAUCCUCAUACACUGCCAGUGGGAAUGGAAAAUGGUGCAAUCACUUUGGAAAGCAAUGUGGCAGUUCCACUGAGUUACCAUUUUGCCCACCUAUUGUACUUCUAGGUAUAUACCCAAGAGAAUUGAAAACCUAUGUCCCCAUAAGAACUUAUACACAAAUACUGAUAACAGCAUUCUUCACAAUAGCCAAAAUGUGGAAACUACCCAAAUGUCCAUCAACUGAUGAAAUGUAGUGUAUCCAUAUAAUGGGUAUUAGCCAUGAAAAUGAAUGAAGGAUUGGGGUGCCUGGGUGGCUCAGUCAGUUGAGUGUCUGACUCUUGAUUUUGAUUCAGAUCAUGAUCUUGGGGUCAUGAGAUAGAGCCCUGUGUAGGGCUCCCCGCUCAGCAGGGAGCCUGCUUGAGAUUCUUUCCCUCUGUUCCUCCUCCUGUUCACGCUCUCUCAAAAUAAAUCAUUUAGAAAAAGUGAAGUAUUGAUACAUGCUACAACAUGGAUGGAUUUUGGAAACAUCUCAUGAAAGUAGCCAGACACAAAAGGCCAAGUAUUAUUGUAGGAUUCUGUUUUACUUGUACCUUUGGUAUCAUAUCUGAGAAAUCAUUGCCAAAUCUAAUGUCAUGAAGGUUUUGACCAAUGUUUUAUUCUAAGAGUUUUAGGUCUUUGAUGCAUUUUGAGUUAAUUUUUGUAUAUGGUGUUAGGUAGGAAUCCAACUUCAUUUUUUUGGCCUGUGGGUAUUCAGUUAUCCUAGUACCAUUUCUUGAAUAGCCUUGGCACUCUUAAAAAUCAUUUGACCAUAAAGGCAAGUACCACACUACCUUGAUUACAGGAGCUUUGUUUUGAAAUCAGGAAAGUGAGUUCAGUACAGUAGCUUUGUUCUUUUUCAAGAUUGUUUUGGUUAUUGAGGGUCCCUUAAGAUUCCAUAUGAAGAUUAGGAUGGGUUUUUCUAUUUCUGCAAAAGACAUCAUUGGGGUUUUGAUAGGGAUUGCAUUAAAUCUGUAGAUUGCUUUGGGUAGUAGUGACAUUUUAGCAAUAGUCUUCCCAUCCAUGAACAUGGGAUGCAUUUCCAUUUAUUUUAUAUGUUUAAUUCUUUGAGAAAUGUUUAGUAGUUUUCAUUGUAGAAGUCUUUUACCUUUGGUUAAUUCCUUAUUCUUUUUGAUGCUAUUGUAAAUGAAAUUGUUUUUAUAAUUUCCUUUUCAGAUUGUUCAUUGCUAGCAUAUAAAAAUGCAACUGAUUUUUCUGUUGACUUUUUAUUUUGCUAGUUUGGUGAAUUCAUUUAUUCUAACAGUUUUAUUCUGGAAUUUUUAGGCUUUUCUACAUAGAAGAUUUUAUCAUCUGCAAACAUAAUUUUACUUUUUCCUUUCCAAUUUGGAUGCCUUUUUUUCUUACAGAUUUCCUCUGUUUAGGACUUCUAGUACUGUGUUGAAUAGAAGUGAUGAGAGUGGGCACCAUUGUUCUUAAUCUCAGAGGAAAAGCUUUACUUUAACUCUUGAGUAUGUGAUAAUUGGCUGUGGGCUUUUCAUAUAUAGCCUUUAUUUUGUUGAGGUGCAUUCCUUCUAUACUCAGUUUGUUGAGAGUUUUUAUCAUGAAAGGAUUUUGAAGUUUGUUAAGUGCUUUCUACAGUUACUGACAUGAUCAUCAUUUUUAUCCUUCAUUCUGUUAAUGUGGUCUAUGACAUUUGUUGAUUUGCUUAUGUUGAACCAUCCUUACAUCCCAAGGAUAAAUCUUACUUGAUUAUGGUGUAUGGAACUUUUUAUGUGCUUUUGAAUUGGGUUUGCUAAUAAUUUGUUGAGGAUUUUUGCAUCAGUAUUCAUCAGGUAUAUUGACCUGUAGUUUUGUUUCCUUAUAGUGUCCUUCUCUGGCUUUGGUAUCAGGGUCAUGCUGACCUUGUGAAAUGAGUUUGGGAGUGUUCCCCCCUCUUCAGUUUUUUGGAGGAGUUUUAGAAGAACUGGUGUUAAUUCUUUAAAUGUUUGGUAGAAUUCACGGGUGAAACGAUCUGGACCUGGGCUUUUUUUUGUUGGGUUUUUGAUUGCUUAUUCAGUCUCUUUAUUCGUUAUUGGUCUGUUCAGAUUUUCUGUUUCUUCAUUAUCCAGUCUUGGUAGGCUUGUAUGUAUCUAGGAAUUUAUUUCUUCUAGAUUAUCUGGUUUGUUAGCAUAUUAUUUUUCAUAGUGAUUUCUUAUGAUCCUUUGUAUUUCUGUGGAAUCAGUUGUAAUGUUUCCUCUUUCGUUUACAAUUUUUUUGAGUCCCCCCCCUUUUUUUUUUUUGGUUUGUCUAGCUAACAAUUUGUCAUUUUCUUAAAGAAAAAAAAAACCCUUAGUUUCAGAUUUUUUUUUUCUAUUGUAUUUCUUGUCUCUAUUACAUUUAGUUCUGGUCUACUCCUUAUUAUUUCCUCCCUUCUGUUAAGUCUUAGUUUGUUCUUUUUUUUUUUUUUUUUUUUAGUUUCUUGAGGCAUAAUGUUACAUUGCUUAUAUGAGAUAUUUUUUCUUAAUGUAGGUAUUUAUUACUAUAAUCUUCCUCUUAGAACUGCUUUUGCUGCAUCCUAUAACUUUUGGUAUGUUGUGUUUCCAUUUUCAUUUGUCUCAGUAUACUUUCUGAUUUCCCCUUUUGAUUUUUUUUUGACUUGUUGAUUGUUCAGGAGUGUGUUAAUUUUCACAUUUCUGUGAAUUUCCCAGUUUUCCUCCUUUUACUGAUUUCUAGUUUCAUGCCAUUAUGUUUCAGAAAAAAUACAUGAUAUGAUUUCAGUCUUCUUAAAUUUGUUAAGAUGUGCCUUAUAGCCCAACAUAUGAUAUGCCUUAUAAAAUGCUCCAUGUACGCUUGAAAAGAUUUUAUUCUAGGGCUGUUGGAUGGAAUGUUCUAUAUAUGUCUGUUAGGUCCAUUUGGUCUAUAGUGUUCUUCAUGUCUGCUCUUUCCUUGCUGAUUUUCUGCUGGAUGAUGCAUUAGUGUUGAAAAUGGGGUAUUGAAGUUCCUUACUGUCAUUGUAUUAUUGUCCAUUUUUCCCUUCAGGUCUGUCAGUAUUUGCUUUAAAUACUGGGGUACUCUAAUACUGGGUUAUAUGUAUGUAUAUUUGUUGUAGCCUCUUGAUGAAUUGACCCCUUUAUCACUAUAUGUUGACGUUUUUUGUCUCUUAUGACUGAUAAUGACUGAAAAUCUGUCUUAUCUGAUGUAAGUAUAGCUGCUCUUACUCUCUUUGGUUUCCAUUUGUAUGGAAUAUCUUUUUCCAUUCCUUCACUUUCAGCCUAUGUGCAUCCUUUCUUCUGCUCUAGACUGUUGUUCAAUAUCUGUAGUAAAUUUUUCAGUUCCUUUGUUCUGAUUCUUCAGCUCCAAGAUUUCUGUUUGAUACUUGUAUUUUCUCUUUGUUGAAAUUCUCUUUGUUCAUGCACUGUUCUCCUGACUUGAUUGAGUAACCUGUGAUGGUUAUUUUGAACUCUUUGUCAGGUAAAUCAUAUAUUUACAUUUUAUUAGGGUUGGUUUCUGGAGAUUUAUCUCCUUCCUUUGUUUGAGAUAUGUUUCCCUGUUUCAUCAUUUUCCUUGACUCUGUGUUGGUAUCUGUGCAUUAGGGAAAAAACAGCCACCUGUACCAGUCUUCAUGGACUGGGCUUGUAGAUUUUGGGAGCCUCUCAAAUCUUCACACAGUAGUCCGAACUACUAUCUUUGUUGUAGUGGCCCCAGACAUCUAAAAUAUGCUGAGUCCUGUCAGUCUGAGAGAGGUGAGACAGAAGCCAGUCUUUCAGGCAUCCCCCAGAGAAGUUGGGACUUUGGACAUACAGUCCACUCUUCUCUGCCCAGGGAGAAUGUGGAAUCUAAACUUUUUCUUCUGUUCACACUGCGUUGAGCUGGAAGAGGAGUUACGUUGCCUGCUUAUAUGCUUGUUUAAACCUCUCUUUAUUCCCUUGGCCUCCAGGCAUCUAGAGUAUACCAGGUUCCAUCAGCCCUCUGAGACAGAAGACAAACCAAUCCCUUGGGCAGCCCUUGGAAAAGUUGGAACUUUGGUUGUGUGAUACAGCUCUUUCUUCCCUCAGGGACGCUGGGAGCUGUGCCAGGGGUAGGGAUUAUGGCAAGAGUGUCUCAGAUUUUCCUACCAGCCUCAGUGUGACUGGUUUGACGCUCACCCAGGAUGCAGGAACCUCUCAACUAGUUUAUGGCUUUCAAACAAAAGGAAUGCAUCUGUUUUUUGUUGUUGAAUCACUGUGUCUGUUGGGGAAAGGAGGGUUCUGGGCAUUCUGACACCACCCUCACAGGCACAUUUCCUUGUUUCCAACAGCCUUUGGCUGUUCACUGGUAAGAGAAAUGUAGGUAUAAUGCUUUUCAUUCACCCAGUUUCUGUCAGCCUUGAUAACUCCUCAGUUAUCCUACCGGAAGGAGAAUAAAAACAAACUAGUCAAGCUGUUUGUUUCAGGCCUGCCUCUCACUGCCUGGGUUAACAUCACACACCAACCACAAGACUAAAAUGAAAAUGACAGAAAAUACUAGGCAUGGAUAAAGUUGUGUAUAAACCAGGCGUGUCAUACACUUUUGGUGGGUAUGAAAUUUGUACAAACUUCUUGAAAACUGGCUGUUAUCUCCAAAAGCUGAGUAGAUGUAAACCUGUGACCCAAAAGUUCCUCUAUCAAAUAUGUACCCAAAAGAAAUUUAUACAUGUAUCACCAAGCCACAUUGUAGAAUUUACAUACCAGUGCUAUCUAUUCAUGAUAGCCCCAAAAUGAAACCCACUCACAUGCAUGGACAGAAGAAUGAUUAAAUUGGUUGAUUGAUUAAAAAAAAAUUGAUGUUCACACAAUGGAAUUCUGUCACCAAUAGCAUGAAAAAAACCCAAACAGAUAAAUUAACAAACAUGGAAUUUUAUUUUUUUAAAAAGAUUUAUUUACUUGAGAGAGCGGUCACUCAUGCGAGUGGGGAGAGGGACAGAGAGAGAGGGAGGGAGACUCCUAAGCAUACUCCCCACUGAGCAUGGAGCCUGACAUGGGGCUCAAUUCCACAACCCAUGAGAUCAUGACCUAAGCUGAAAUCAUGAGUUGGACACAACCAACUGAGCCACUCAGGUGCCCCCAAACAAGGAAUUUUAAAAGCCAAAUACAAAAGAGUUCAUGCUGUAGGAUUCUGUUCAUUUGAAUUACAAAGAGGUGAAAUUGAUGUAUGCAGUUAGAUGUCACAAUAGUGGUUACUCUUGGGGAUAGUAACUGGGAGGGCAUGAGGAAACAUCCAUAAGGUUAUCAGUGUUUUCUUUUUUAAUCUAGGAUCUAUACACAAGUGUGUUCAGUUUGUGAAAUUUGAGUGAGCGGUGCACUCAUGAGCUAUGCAUAAAAAAUACUUUUUAAUACAUAUCAGCAACUAAAAGAAAUUAGUUGUAAGAAGGUAAAUAGGUUAGUAUUCAGUGACCUUAUAUUGUCAAGGUGGAGGUUGUUUUUACAAGUAUUGUGCAAAUUCUGGGUUGAAAUCUAAGAUACUAAAUCUACAGCACCUCAAAAAAGGUAAAAUGUGGAAUUAUUAACACAGAAGUCAACCUAGAAUAAACUAGAACAGGUACCAUGAAGCACACAUAAUAAGUUGGUAAAUGUUUUCCAAAUUUGCCCAUUGUUAAACAUGAAAGACUAAUCCUGUUAAAGUCAAAUGUUUGACUACAUUCAUUUAGAUAUUUUUAUCAAGAGAUAGAACUAGGACAUAAGAACUAAAGUACAUAAAUGAAAAAUACAUUUCAUAUAUGUUAAGGUAAUCAACUAGAAGGGCAAGAUAAGUAUUUUGAAUUUUACAUUCUUAUAUACAAUUUUCCAAUAUUAUUGUGGGUGGGUGAUCAUAAUCAGAUUGAUAUGAACACACAUGAAUGUGUAAACACACGCACACAUUUUAUAAUAUACAAAUAUGUGCACGUGUGUGUGUUUACCACCACUCUUGUAAUUUCACUGUUUCCUACGAUUUUGAGGGGGAUGAGUGAAUGAAUGACUGAAUAUUGGGUGAAACCCUCAGUUUACAUUUUCCUCCUAGACGAGGGACUUUGUAUUAUGUAGGCAAGGCAGAGCAUGGAUACACUGUGCUCAUGGCUUAUGAACAGACAGUUGGGAAACUGUGAUUACUGAAGUGGUGCUCCCGAAGAUCCAGUU